AUGGCCCCCAAAACCCAAAUUCCCUCGAAGCAGAAGAAGCCAAGAGAACCCUCUUCUGAAGAAGAAGAAGAAGACAGUGAGGAACAGCAAUCAGAUUCAUCCUCCUCCGGCGACGAACAAGUGGUGGCGAAAUCCAGAGGCGCCGACCAGGAUAUCGGUUCAGAUUCAGAUUCAGAUUCGGAUCUGGGCGACUACAGGCUGCAGCCCGUCCCAAAAGCCCCCAAGUCUUCAAAACGCGGCCGCGAAGAGACCAAGAAGAAGGAGAAGACCGUGGAGGCGGCGAAAAACCCCGGCGGGUGCAUUAUCAGACUGUGGAGCGACGACGACGAGGUGACCCUGCUGAAAGGGAUGAUCGAGUUCAGGGACGCCAGGGGCCGGGAUGCCAGCGCUGAUAUGGCUGCCUUUUACGGUUACAUCAAGGGGAAUCUGAAGUUCGAGCCCUCGAGGGUGCAGGUGAGGAGCAAGGUCAAUAGGUUGAAGAACAUUUUCUUGAAUGCCCUCAAGAAGAGUGAUAGUGAUAAUGGCGAGGAUCCUGUCUUCUCGAAUCCCCACGACCACAGGCUGUUUGAGCUUUCCAAGAUAGUAUGGGGACCCUCUGGAAGGAAUAGCAUUCAAAAGGGCCAAAAUUUGGAUGAAAAUGUCCCCAAAGAAAAUGAAAACGGGUUGGACAAAGCCAGUGGCAGUGUGGUCCAUACAAAGGAUGCCAGAAGGAGAGAGAUGAUGAAGUCUUUCUUGCUGGGAGUAGAGUUGGAAGGUCUUGACAGAAGGAUUUUGGAGGCUGCAAAUCACAUGCUUGAGGAAGAGGGAGGAAUCGGGGAUGAAGACGAAAAAAAGGCCUGGAAGAAGCUGAAGAUUGAAGAGAUCGAUGUCGUCUUGAGGCAUGCAGAGGUGAAGACGAAACAAAUAAAGCAUCUUCAACAGCUCAUCAACUCCUAG